AUGUACGGAGGCCAUCUCUCCGCAGACCCAAACCUCUCGCUUGCAUCAAGCACAGAUGUCACUGCACAUCUAUACUUCUUUAUGGUCAAAAACAGACGGACGGCAGACAAAGAACGAAUAGUCUUCUGGUUUAAUGGAGGUCCAGGAUGCUCAUCGUUCGACGGAGCUAUGAUGGAAGUUGGGCCCUGGCGGUGGGAUGGAAAGUCAGAUCAUGACUUCUACGUUCAGGAGGGCGGUUGGGAGGAAUAUACAACGAUGGUGUUUGUCGACCAACCUGCUGGGACAGGUUUCUCGUAUACAAGCACUGAUAAAUAUGUCCAUACCACCGACGUUGCUCAAGGUAACUUCCUUGAAUUCCUACGGAACUUCUACCUUGUAUUCCCUGAAUACAAAAAUGUGGAUACCUACUUUGCUGGAGAAAGUUUCGGCGGCCAAUGGAUACCAUACUUCGCCGAUGCUGUUUUGAAUUCUCUCAUGAAAGUCCCCCUCAAGGGCAUUGCAAUUGGAAACGGAUGGAUCGAUUCAAAAAGACAAUACCCUGCGUACAUUGACUACGCUGUUAAAAUGGGUCAUAUGGAGGAGAAUGAUGCUAAUUGGAAGGAAACCAAAAAGGAAACCGACUCGUGCUUAGCUGCUCUGGAGAAGUUGAAGGACAAAAACCCGAUGACUAUCGACGCUUGUGCGGGUAUCCUUCGUUCUAUCAUGAAUGCCAGUGAACGAACUGUGAAGGGGCAGAAAAUGUGUAUUAACAUCUACGACAUUCGACUGGAAGACACCUCUCCGGAUUGCGGAAUGAACUGGCCUCCUCCGAUGCAUCAUGUCACUAGCUUCCUAGGCCGUUCAGACGUUGUCGCUGCUUUACAUGCUACAGCACACCCUGGAAGCUGGCGAGAAUGUCGGCCGGAUGUACACCGUGCAUUCCGCGAGUCUUCAGAAGAAUCGUCCAUCUCAAUUCUCCCUCGGGUUCUCUCCAAAAUUCCCGUUCUCAUUUUCGCCGGUGACCAGGAUCUGAUUUGCAAUUAUAUUGGACUGGAGAAUAUGAUGAACUCGCUUACUUGGAACGGAGCCACUGGACUUGGAACCGUUCAAACCCAAUCUUGGACUGUUAAUUCCGUGCCGGCUGGUACAUGGGUCUCAUCGCGCAAUUUGACCUACGUCAAGAUAUUCAAUGCGUCGCAUAUGGCUCCAUAUGACGCCCCUCAUGUAUCGCACGACAUGAUGCUUCGCUUCAUGGGCGUCAACUUUACAGCCAUCUUUGAAGGGUCUGCCAAGAUCCCAAGUAGCGUCGGCAAUGAGGACAAGCCACACUUUGUUGAACAGCACGACGCUAAACCACCCACACCCUCCAAAACACCACAGCAAGACAAGGCGAUGUGGGAAGCGUAUUACAACGCGGGAUCUGCGGCGCUGGUGUUGGUUCUGGUGUUCUUGGUCAUUGGGACGUUUGUAUGGUGCAGGCUCCGGAGAAAGCGUUCCGUUAAGCUGCCUUUUACUCAGGAAGAGGAGAGUAUACCACUGAACUCUGCGUUGCGGCGUGAGGAAGGAGACGAGGACCUGGAAUCUUCAAGGCAGCGUAAGGGCAAGGAGAGGUCAAAAGAUGAUCAGCAGGUUGCUGAGCCUCCGAUUUUCGACGUGGGGGAUAGUGAUGAGGAGGACUAUAAGCACACAAAGGCAGAUAGCAAAUGA